ACCGUGUACCUGGACAGCUUUAACUGAUGUGACCGGUGAGUUCCAUUGACAGUGCUGAACUUCCUCGUUGUCAUUUGAUCUGAGGAGAGGAGGCGUGAAGCCCACAGACAAAAGCAGUGGGAAUGCCAGGAAAUGAGCAUGAGACUGCCGGAGGAGCCAGUAGAGGGCGACAUCAACACCAGCAGCAGCCAAGAGAGCAGAGAACAGAGGGUGGCAGGAUUCGCCAUCUCAGCGAAGGCCACCCCUCCCCUCCGACCCCCACACGCUGCCCCAGCCCUCAGGUAACAUUCCCCUUCAACCUGGGUGCCCUUACCCCCCUCGUCAGGACCUCCCGGCUUCAAGCUCUACUCCUGCAGCAAUGUGCAGGUGAUGAGGUAAGCAGCCAGCUCCUCCAGCUGAUGGCCAUGCGCCUUGAGGAAAGCCAGCAGAGACCCACUGUCCUCCGCAGAGGGAUCCCACAAACCACUCAGGCCAGUGACUCCACUCUCAGAGAGAGCCUGGCAGCAGCUUCUUUCCUAAAGGCUGAGCAACACUCCCCCAAGCCCAAAGGUUUUCCCCUUGUCCCUUUUGAGCCCAGGAAGAGCAUCAUCAGUCAGUUCAGAGCUUUGUUUGUGAACGGAUUCUGUCGGUGGCCGGGGUGUGAAGAGGUUUUUGAAGAAUAUUCCCAUUUUCUGAAGCACCUGCACAGUGAGCACAGCCCAGGCGAGCGCAGCCUAGCUCAGUGCCGCGUACAGCAGGACAUGGUGCGGCACAUGGAGAACCAGCUCAAUUUGGAGAGACAGAAACUUCAGGCUAUGCAGCUUCACCUGUCUGUUCCUGCAAAGCCUGCCCAGGCUUCACCUGAAGAGAAUCCAGAAGGACCACACAGCUUGUUGGUGGACUCGCCCCAACCUCAUGUGACAGAUGGCGCCUCCUACUGUGGAAGUAACGAUGCAACAGAAGUGUUGAGACAAAGCUAUGGGCAUGUACCCACAUCUCACCUCAUGCCAGAAAUAAUUCCCAGUAUUGAAUGCUACAAAUACAACAACAUCAGACCGCCUUUUACCUAUGCCUCUCUAAUCCGAUGGGCCAUUCUAGAGUCUCCUGACAAGCAGCUCAGCCUCAAUCAGAUCUAUCACUGGUUCACCCAAAUGUUCUUCUACUUCCGUCACAACACCUCCACCUGGAAGAACGCCGUGCGUCACAAUCUCAGCCUCCACAGGUGCUUUGUGCGGGUGGAGAGAGGGAAAGGCGCCGUGUGGACUGUGGAUGAAGUGGAGUUCCAGAAGCGAAGAGGACAGAAGUUUAACCGGGAUCAUGGUCUGGGAUGCCUGACUCCCUACACCUUCUGCCCCCCUCGGUCCUGGCCCGGGGGUCUGCCGGAGCCCCACUGAGAGGCAUAUUCCCCACGCCCCACGCCCUGACCACUGCUUACGGGACACCAUCAUGUUCCCCACGCCCCACGCCCUGACCACUGCUCACGGGACACCAUCAUGUUCCCCACGCCCCACGCCCUGACCACUGCUCACGGGACACCAUCAUGUUCCCCACGCCCCAUGCCCUGACCACUGCUUACGGGACACCAUCAUGUUCCCCACGCCCCACGCCCUGACCACUGCUCACGGGACACCAUCAUGUUCCCCACGCCCCACGCCCUGACCACUGCUCACGGGACACCAUCAUGUUCCCCACGCCCCAUGCCCUGACCACUGCUUACGGGACACCAUCAUGUUCCCCACGCCCUGACCACUGCUUACGGGA